AUGUCUUUUUUCCGACGAGUAAUUUCGGCUCUUAAAAAAAUUGCUCCAUUAUCUUUAGCCGAAACCUCUUGGGACAAUGUUGGCUUACUUGUAGAACCACCAUAUCCCCGAGAAAAUGCCUCUCGCGUUUUUCUUACUAUAGAUUUGACGUCUGAAGUGUUGGAAGAAGCUCUUUCCGAUCCCGAAGUGGGUUUUAUUAUCGCAUAUCACCCGCCAAUUUUUCGUGCUUUCAAGCGUCUCACACUUACCGACACUAAACAAGCUAUUGUCAUGAAAUGUGUGGCGAAAGGUGUUGGAGUUUAUAGUCCACAUUCUGCACUGGAUUCUUGCAUUGGAGGAGUGAAUGAUUGGCUUGCAAAAGGACUUGGCUCGGGGAAAACCGAAGUAAUUAAUCCUCUUGAGAAUCCACCUCCCGGUCAAGAAGGCGCUGGUUCAGGCAGAAUAUUCACUUAUAAUCAGCCAAUACAUCUCUUAAACGUGGUUGAACGUGUGAAAAGUCAUUUACGACUUCAGCAUGUUAGAGUUGCUACAGCGACAAAACACAAUUCGGGAUUAAUUCAGACAGUUGGGAUUUGUGCUGGAUCUGCAGGAUCUUCCUUACUCUCGCCUGUGAGGGCAGAUUUGUAUUUUACAGGAGAAAUGUCGCAUCACGAAGUUCUGGCUGCGUUAGCUCAUGACACGAGCGUAAUUUUAUGUGAGCAUACCAACACAGAAAGAGGCUAUUUGUUAGAUGUCUUGAAACCAACAUUGCAGAGUAUUGUUGAUGAUAGUCUAGAUGAGCCAAUAGAAGUCUGCGUCAGUCAGCUCGACAUUGAUCCAAUAAAAAUCAUUUAG